GGUGAUACGAUACAUAUUCAUACAACAACAGUGGGAUUAUAUACAUUAAAAUGUGAAUAUGAUAGACGAAAAGAAUUAAUCGAUUCAGUUACUCUACUAAGUUUAUCAACAGAAACGAUUAUCAAAAUAUUUUCUUCGAUACUUUACGAACAAAAAAUAAUCUUUAUCGGUAAUGAACUUGGUACAUUAACACGUUUAAUUAAUACAUUCAUCUGUCUUCUUUAUCCAUUUUCAUGGCCACAUACUUACGUACCAAUUUUACCUGCAUUAAUGCUCGAUAUAAUUCAAGCACCAACACCAUAUAUUAUCGGUAUAUUACGUUCAUGUGAAUCAUAUCUCUCAGGAAAUGAAGAUCUUCUAUCACAAGAUAAUUCGGAUAUAAUUAUUAUUGAUAUUGAUCAUGAUCGUAUACGUUCUAUAAAUGAUUAUUUAACUGGUAAUACACAUCGUAGUUCAAUGGAUAAUUUACAUAAUCUUCCAUCAACAUAUACAGAAUCAACACCAUUACAAAUCUUACCAAAAAUAUUUAAAAUUGAAUUAAAACAAGAAAUAUCAUUAUUACGAAAAACUCGUUCAAGUUUAUCAUUAGAUGACUGUCAACAACGUUUACGUGAUGUAUUUAUGUCUAUAUUUGUUCAAUCAUGUUAUAAUUAUAGAGAUUAUUAUUAUAAUAAAAAUUUUCAACGUGAAGAUUUUAUUCAAUCCAAACAACAUACAAUUGAAUUAUUUUUAGAAUGGUUUACACGUACACAAAUAUUCGAAUUAUUUAUUCGACACAAAUUUGAAACAAAUCAUUCAUCAAAUCAAUUUGCUAUAACAUUUGAUUUUGCUUGUGAAAAAUAUGGUCAAACAUUAAAUAAACAAACAUCACAACGUAUUACAGCCAAAUCAGUCAAACGAAAAUCAGCAACACGAGCAAAUAAACAAGAAAUUCGUUUUUAA